AGGACUGAACCCGGGUAAACGAAGCUAGGGUUCAGUUUGAAACUUCUUGUCUCUUUCCAAUGGGGCAAGGGAAUCCAGAUCCUCGUGUGGAUGCAAAUCCAAAUCCCAGUCACGAAGAAACACAGUCUUUGGAUUCCGGUCGUGUUCAAAGAGUGAAAAAGAAGCCCGGCAGAAAAAGUAAAAAGGAUAAGGAAGACAUGAGAAAGAAGAGAAUGUUAGAUGCUGCUGAGGAGGAGGGUGGGGUUUCUGUGCAGAGACCAAGUAGGAAAAGAAAGAAGGACGAUGGGAAUGGUGAGCUUCAAAUGUCUGGCGCUGAGAAACCGUAUGGUCUUAGGGGUCGUAAAGAAGAGAUGACGUCAAAAGUCAUCAAGAAAAAGGCUAAGAAUGGUGAAAAGGAGCGCUUAACAUGCCACCAAUGUAAGAGAAACGAUAAAGGUCGUGUUGUAGGGUGCUUGGACUGUAACAAGAAAAAGUUUUGCCUAUUCUGCUUACGAGCUUGGUAUCCUCAUUUGAAAGAGGAGGAUAUUGCUAAGGCAUGUCCUGUGUGCCGUCGUAAUUGCAAUUGCAAAGCAUGCCUGAGUUCUGUUCAACUUAUUAAUAAAAUGAAGGAUAAGGCUACAGGAGAUGAGGGUGAGAAGGUUGAACACUCUUUGUAUUUGCUGCAAGUACUUCUUCCGUUUUUAAGGCAGCUGGAUGAAGAACAGAUGAUUGAGAAAGAGACAGAAGCUAAGAUACAAGGGCUCCCAGUCUCCGAGCUAAAUAUAUUUAAGGCAGAUUUCUCUUUAGAAGAGCGUGUGUACUGUGACAACUGCAAAACUUCAAUAUUCGAUUACCACAGAAGCUGCACAAAAUGCUCUUUUGACCUUUGUCUCAUCUGUUGCCGUGAGCUUCGUAGUGGGCAGCUUGUAGGUGGAGCAGAUCCAAUUGUGUUGGAGUUUGUUUGGCAAGGACGUGAUUACUUGCAUGCUGGAAAAGAAUUUGAAGAGGUAAACCAAAUUGCAUCGGAUGCAGGUGCUAAGCCCGAGGUUCACGAAUGGUCAAGAUCCAGGUGGCAUUCCCAUAAUAAUGGUAGCAUUCCUUGUCCAAAAGUCAACAAUGAAUGCAACCAUGGUUUUCUUGAACUGAGAAGUAUAUUAGGUCAACAUUUUAUCUCUGAGUUAGUUUGUAAAGGGAAAGAACUUGUGCAGGCAUACGAGAUUCAGAAUGUAUUGAAGCCCCCUGACAGCUUCUGUUCGUGUUUGGGGCUGGAUAUAAACACAGAUGUUAGGAAUAGUAAUAUGAGGAAGGCUGCUUCUCGUGAUAAUUUGGCCGACAACUAUUUAUACUGUCCUAAGGCUGUAGAUCUACAGGACAAGGAUUUAAAUCAUUUUCAGUGGCACUGGGAAAAGGGGGAACCUGUCAUUGUCAGCAAUGUGCUUGAGUGCACUUCUGGUUUAAGCUGGGAACCACUUGUCAUGUGGCGUGCAUUACGUAAUGUAGCUAGUGCUACCCAACGUGGUCAACAUUUGGAUGUGGAAACAAUUGAUUGCUUAGACUGGUGUGAGGGGAGAAUUAAUAUCCACCAAUUCUUUACUGGGUAUACAGAAGGUCGAAUGGAUUGGCUUGGUUGGCCUCAAAUUUUGAAAUUAAAGGAUUGGCCACCUUCUAAUUUAUUUGAGGAACAAUUGCCUCGUCAUUGUGCUGAGUUCAUAUCAUCCUUACCCUUCAAGGAAUAUACUGAUCCUCUCAGAGGUGCUCUUAACCUUGCUGUGAAGUUGCCUGACGGUUGUCUAAAGCCAGACAUGGGGCCAAAGUCUUAUAUUGCUUAUGGAUUUCCUUCAGAGCUCGGGCGUGGUGAUUCUGUUACUAAGAUCCAUUGUGACAUGUCAGAUGCAGUAAAUGUUUUGACCCACAUUGCUGAAGUGAAAUUGAAUUCUAAGCAACUUACUGCCAUUGAGGAGUUGAAACAAAAGCAUUUUGAGCAAGACAAAAGAGAGUUAUGUGGUAAUGAUCAUGAUGUAGAAACUAAUACUGACAUGCUUAAUAAUUCCUCUUCUGCCAUAAUUGCUUUGGACAACCAGAAUACUGUUCAACUCAUGGAACAUGAAGGUGGAUUAUGUGAUCAGAAAGCAGUCAAUCAGUUUCAUCAAUCUGGUAAUAAUGAGAUUGCCACUGCUAGGGAGGAUGGUCUUUUAUGUGAGUCAGAAGUCAAAGAGGUUGACAAAGUGGACACAAAACUAGAAAAUGAUUUGUUGUUUGGGGGGGAUGCUUCUGAAGGUGCUCUCUGGGAUAUUUUUCGGAGGCAGGAUGUAUAUAAAUUGCAAGAAUAUCUGAAGAAGCAUUUCCGAGAGUUCAGGCAUGUCCAUUGCUGCCCCUUAAAGCAGGUUAUUCACCCCAUUCAUGACCAGACUUUUUAUCUGACUAUGGAGCAUAAGAGGAAGCUUAAGGAGGAGUAUGGAAUUGAGCCCUGGACUUUUAUUCAGAAGUUAGGAGAUGCUGUUUUUAUUCCUGCUGGUUGUCCUCACCAAGUCAGAAAUCUCAAGUCAUGUAUAAAAGUUGCGGCGGAUUUUGUGUCCCCUGAAAAUGUUGGAGAGUGCUUUCGGUUGACAGAAGAAUUUCGCACACUUCCAAUAAAUCACAAGUCCACAGAGGACAAAUUGGAGGUAAAGAAAAUGACAGUAUUUGCAAUUCAAGAUGUCGUUGAAAAGUUGGAGAAAUCAAGGUUAGAGAUUGCAGACAUCUGACCCUCUGGGCAUGGACUGCGAUUCUUGCAUUUAUUGAGAACGUUGUACGGCUGUCAAAGGCAAAGGCAAUCUUAGAUAAUUUUAUGUCCGGGUUAAUCAGGGUUCUCAGUAACAAAUCGAAGCCAUUGGAAGUGUAAUUUUAUGUCAUCAGCUUAAUCACGUGUAAUGCUGAUGUUGAAUUCUAUGCAUAAUGUUAUUUGUUUUUCAGCACACCUGGAAGAGUUUCUUUGAAACAUCAUGCAUGACUUGUAACGGUGCACAUGUAGUUGUCGGUUCUCCAUUUGUAUGCCUAAGCGCAUCCACAACCCACCAAUCGAUGUGAGAUUCUUAAAUGAUACACCGCAUUGACAUAUUACUUAUUUUUAUUUACGAAUUUCAGUACAUAAUCCUUCUAAUUCA